CUACAAGCAACUGAGCAAGACCCACCUCUCUCUCUCUCUCUCUCUCUCUCUCUCUCUCUCUCUCUCACACACACACACACACACAUACAUGGUUGAGAAAGUUGAUGGUGAAAAGAGAAAGUCUCAACCAGGAAUUCUUUCUUCAAAACUGUCAUAAGUCUCUGUCUUUCUAACUUCACACUUUCACUUCAAUUAUCAUAUAUUCUCCUUUUUCUUCUUCAAAGUAUUCCUCUUUCAUUUCCAUUUCCCCCUCUGUUAUCGACUUCCUUAAACAACAGAGUGAUCCGCAUCUCUCAAGCUAGCGAUUCAUCAUUCAUAUUUUACUUGAUUACAUGAAAACCAUCGACGGAGGAAGCUUUUGUUCGAGUGUGAAUUGACGAUUUUAGCCUCCAAUUAUCAUCUGGUUAAAUAUUAUGGCUGAGAAAAACGAUGGAUGUCCAUGUGGAAAUCCAACAAGAUUUCCCUUUUCCAUUUUCUUUAAAGAUGCGAGGUCAGCAUUAAAAAUGGAUGAACUUGGCGUAGAAAUAGCUAAAAUCGCCUUACCAGCAGCACUUGCUUUGACAGCCGAUCCUAUUGCCUCUCUUGUGGACACAGCCUUCAUUGGUCAAAUUGGUGCAACUGAACUAGCUGCUGUGGGAGUUUCGAUAGCUGUUUUCAACCAAGUAUCAAGAAUCGCAAUUUUUCCUCUAGUAAGCAUUACAACAUCUUUUGUGGCUGAGGAAGACACAAUCAUGAACUCAAGUCAUCAAAUGCAAGGGCCCACUACAAAUAGUGAAAACAAAAAGUUGCUCGAACUACAUAACAUAAAGUCUGAGUCACUCGAUGAGGAGUCGAUAGUUACAAGCUACGAGAAAAAGCGAAUCCCGUCAGCUUCAUCUGCUAUAAUCAUUGGGGUCGUUUUAGGGUUUUUGCAAGCUGUGUUUCUAAUAAACGCAUCGAAACCCAUUUUGAGCAUAAUGGGGAUCAAAUCGGACUCUCCUAUGUUGUACCCCGCACAACAAUACUUAAAGUUAAGGUCGCUUGGUGCUCCUGCGGUUCUACUUUCGUUAGCGAUGCAAGGAGUUUUUCGUGGAUUCAAAGACACAAAAACUCCUUUGUAUGCAACAGUGACAGGAGAUGUGACAAAUAUUAUUCUAGACCCAAUAUUUAUUUUUGUUUUUGGUCUUGGGGUCAGCGGUGCGGCCAUUGCUCAUGUUAUAUCUCAGUACCUAAUUUCAGUAAUACUCUUUUGGAGAUUAAUAGAAAAGAUUGAUAUCGUACCACCUAAUUCUAAGCAUCUACAGUUUGGUCGAUUUCUCAAAAACGAAACAGGUUUUUUGUUGCUAAUGAGAGUGACGGCUGUAACAUUCUGUGUAACAUUAGCUGCAUCAAUGGCUGCAAGACAAGGGUCAACAACAAUGGCUGCCUUUCAAGUUUGUUUGCAAGUUUGGCUUGCAACUUCACUUUUAGCCGAUGGUUUGGCUGUUGCAGGACAGGCUAUAAUUGCAAGUGCAUUUGCAAAAAUGGACUACGAAAAGGUUACUGCAACCGCUUCAAGAGUAUUGCAGUUAGGUGUAGUUCUCGGGGUUGUAUUGUCUAUUCUUUUAGGGUUCGGAUUACACUUUGGAGCAAGAUUGUUUACAAAAGAAGCUGGUGUCCUACAUCUCAUUAGCAUCGGAAUCCCGUUUGUUGCGGGAACUCAACCAAUCAACGCAUUGGCCUUUGUUUUCGAUGGUGUCAACUUUGGAGCAUCUGAUUUUGCAUAUGCAGCGUAUUCUAUGGUUCUCGUUGCUAUAAUUAGCAUUAUAUCAUUAUUUGUCGCCUCAAGCCACGGGUUCAUCGGUCUAUGGGUUGCUCUGACUUUAUAUAUGAGUAUGAGAGCAUUAGCUGGAUUUUGGAGGAUAGGUACAGGAACCGGGCCCUGGUGCUUUCUAAAGGGAAUUACCUAGAUUUAGUUUAGUUCAUUCAGUCAAAAAAAAAAAACAUGUCUUUGUUUAUUAAGCACUUCAUAAAGAUGAUAUGUGAAAUUGAUCCAAGUAUAUGAAAUGCAAAACCAUAGCAAAAACAUGCUAUAAUUCUCCAA